AUGGAGCAUAAAGAAUUUCGUGGUAUCUUAUUGAGGCUUCAAGAUCGUCUUAGUGACCACGACCGAAAACGUUUACAUUUCUUUUUCGGCAAUGAUGUUCCGCGACGUAUUCGUGAUGAUCCAACUCUCGGCGGGACGCUCAGCUUAUUAGAAUCACUGUUUGACCAAGAUAAAAUCAACGAACAAGAUUUUACUUUACUGAUCAAUGCUUUAGAGCAAAUCUGUUGUUUUGACGCGGCGAAAGUACUAAAAAAUCAUAUGAAACGAACGAAGUGUCAUAACGAUCAGAAGCCAACGUUCGAAAAAUUAUCUUCACUGAUGCCAAGUGGAACAAUGAACGAACUAUUAGAUGACCUAGAGGAUGAUCGUUGUGCAAUAAAAUACGCCAUCAAUUCAAUAGUCUUCAUAAGUUUAUUUGUAAACCGAAAGAAUGUAGUUGAUACUCUUCAAUAUGAUGUUCAUCGAAUGAAUAAUUUAACGAUCGAAAGAGGCAAUGAAACGAACGAAACAAUCCAAUUUCUAAGUGAGCAAAUCGAAAUGCUGGAAAAGGAAAGAAAUAAUCUACCUGUUCGAAUCGGUACUCGAUUUUGUGGCGAAGGCGGUAGUUAUUUCGAUGAUUCAUUAAUCAAAAAUUUUACAUGCUCUCAUCGGUUACGUGGGAUGAGUAGCCAACGUCAUUUUCAUGGUUCGAAUUGGUUUCAGUUUCAUUAUUCAUCAAUCGGCCGUCCAGAUCCUAUUCUUCCAAGUAAUGUGCACGGUUCGAAGAAGUUCGAUGCGGAAAACGAUAUAUCAGAACAAUUUUAUCUGGACGAUGAUGAUGUUGUGCUGAAAGUUCAAGUCGUCUGUAAGAAAACGGAAUAUUAUGAAACGGACAAGACAUAUUCCGUUUCGGCUAUUCGUGGAAUUCGAUUGUUUACGGAAAAAGGACGAAUCAGUGCACCAAUUGAAAGCACUGAUGGUGAUUUAUACACGGAGCAAUUUGAUGGUUACUAUGCAGCUUAUGCCACUGGUAGAGCAGGUCUCUACCUUGAUCAGAUACAAUUUUAUUGGACUCGAGCAUCAGUAAAUUCGCCGUAA